AUGAGACCACCACGUGGCGGCGGGAGCUUCAGGGGAAGAGGAGGAAGAGAUAGCGGCGGACGCGGAGGAGGUGGACGUUUUGGUGGAGGCAAUCGUGGUGGUGGCCGCUUUGGUGGUGGCUGGCGUGACGAAGGACCUCCCAGCCAAGUCAUGAUGGAAGGUACUGUAGCUACCUCAUACGCCGAAGGGGAUAAAUUCUACAUCGACCCUGUUAAGCUCUUACCUCUUGCAAGAUUCCUUCCUCAACCAAAGGGACAAUCUGUGGGAGGUCGUGGUGGCAGAGGAGGCAGAGGCCCUCCAGGUCGUGGGAGAGGCAGAGGCGCUCCUCUUGGUCGUGGCAGAGGUAGAGGUCCUCCGAGGGGCCGUGGAGGAUUCUCCAGAGGCCGAGGGAGAGCAUUCUUCUAA